CAAGUGCUGGCUCAUGUGGUACACUCGGUUGUCACGGCGACAGCGUGUACACCAUCAAAGGGCGCCGGCUGGGAAUAAGGGAACAUGGCCACUUUAGCCAGACUGCAAGAGAGGCUCCUAGGCUUCAAGGAGGAGUAUUUCCUUAGGAACAGGUAUGUAGAUGAGUACAGAAAAACAGAAUAUGAUGCAGCUGUAAAAAUUCAGAGCUGGUUUAGAGGAUGCAAAGUCCGAGCAUAUAUCAGGCACCUGAACAAAAUGAUGGUUUUUAUCCAGAAAUGGUGGCGGGGUUAUCUAGGAAGAAAAAAAUUCAGAAAAAUGGUCAAGACAGCAUAUUUUAUUAUGAAGAUGAAUUUCUACAAUGAAAUGGCUGUCAGGAUUCAAAAAAGAUGGCGAGGCUAUUACAUCCGAAAAUAUAUCCAUAAUUAUUAUGCACUGAAGAAGUACCUGGAAGCUAUUGCUUUGAAUAAUGAGAUGGUCAGGAAAGAACUGGACGAGUUUGCAGAGAUGAAGGAGAAAGAAGAGGCGAAAAAAGCUCUUGAAAGGGAAGAAAAGAAAAAGGAUUACCUAGCCCGAAAGAUGCAUUACCUCCUUAGCACUGAGCAGAUUGCAGGUAUAUAUAACUCACCCUACAAAAUGUCACCAGAUCCAAUGGAGUUACAGUUAAGGAAGGCUAAACCCAUGAAAGAAAAAAAGAAGCGAUUCCAGAAGGAUGUUAUAGAUCCUCAGUGGCAAACCAAUACAGAUUCUUUUGGCUUCCAGCUAGUGCCAGCUCUUCCUCCUAUUGGAAGACAAAGACCACAGGGUCCCUUUCGUGACCCCGUUGAAGUACUGCAGCAGCGCUACAAGCCUUUGGAGCCAUCUUUGCAGGGAGCAGCAUCAGAUAUGUCACUACAGCUUGCCAGAGAAAAAGUAAAAGAAGAAGAAUGGCGAAAACGGUUACAUGACGAUGUAUUUUUGCCAUUUUCUGGCCACGAACCUGACAAGUAUGUCCCAUCAAUCCAGAGAACAAGCAAGUAUGGUCAAACAAGUUAUGGACUCAAGCAUUUCCGGGAAGAAUACCCAGAAAAAUGGAUUACAAACAAGGACUUCCUCACUGUACUUCCAUCGAUUCAUCUGUUUGGAAAGUAUGGCAAAACUUAUUCCAGAGCUGGACAAAUAGUGUAAAUAUUUCUCUGCCAACGAAUUUUGUGAAAUCUGAAAAGAUAACAAUAAGGGCAUAAAGGUUUUAAACAACAUUUGAAAACAAAACUUUAGAUUGAGAGAACCAUGCUGGACUUCAGGAUCUUCUUUACCUACAUGCAACUACUGUACAAUAUAAACCUAGUAUUGGAAUUCCAAAUUAAUAGCUCAGGAGCCAUCAGCAAGUUCAUGACUUGAAGUGUUUUUGUGAUGGAAUCUGUAAACCUCAUUAGAAAGAGAACUCCAUCUUUUCCUUCAAUAAGUGGUAAUAUUUCUAAUCAGUUUUAUCCACUGAUGAAUUUGGAAAUCAAAGGCACCUUGUGGGAUGAGCUCAUCAAUGUGAAGAAUUAGCUAAAUGAACCUAUUCCAAUAAUAAUUGUGGGGUGUUUUUUACAGUUCUGUGAUGUGCCCUUUUUCUCCAAUUAAAAAAAUGCAAAAUAAA